GAGCCAAACACCCAGCCGCCUUCAUUCGACUUCAAAACCCGAGCUGAGCUUACCUGCUACCAACAACUUCUACUCUUCUGCCACCGUUUGGAGUGACUCCAACCAGACCUCAUCAUGGUGUCAAUGGGACGACAGAUGCUGGGCUUUGCCCUGGGCAUCAUUGGCUUCCUGGGGACCAUCAUUGUGUGCGCCCUGCCCAUGUGGAAGGUCACGGCCUUCAUCGGAGCCAACAUUGUGACGGCGCAGGUCAUCUGGGAGGGCUUGUGGAUGAACUGUGUGACGCAGAGCACGGGACAGAUGCAGUGUAAGAUCUACGACUCCCUGCUGGCUCUGCCCCAGGACCUCCAGGCGGCCAGGGCCCUUGUGGUCAUCUCCAUCAUCGUCGCCGCUUUCGCCGUCAUCAUGGGAGUCAUCGGAGGCAAGUGCACCAACUUUGUGAGCAACGAAGACUCCAAAGCCAAGGUGGCCAUCGCCUCUGGUAUCAUCUUCAUUUGCGCCGGCGUUCUUAUGCUCAUCCCCGUCUGCUGGUCGGCCAACACCAUCAUCAGGGAUUUCUACAACCCCAUCCUGACCGACACCCAAAGGAGGGAGCUUGGGACGAUGGCUUCCAUGGGGUUGCAGAUAGCGGGGUGCACCAUGGCGCUGCUGGGCUGGAUCGGGGUGAUCAUCAUCUGCGGCGCCCCCAUGUGGCGGGUCAGUGCCUUCAUCGGCAGCAACAUUGUGACCGCUCAGAUCAUAUGGGAGGGCAUCUGGAUGGCCUGCGUGUACCAGAGCACGGGCCAGAUGCAGUGCAAGGUUUACGACUCCAUGCUGGCUCUGGGCCCCGACCUGCAGGGGGCCCGGGCCCUGGUGGUGGUUUCCAUCGUAAUGGGCAUCGCGGGGAUCUUCAUAGCGUUCGCCGGCGGGAAGUGCACCAACUUCAUUCCAGAUCAGAGGGCCAAGGCGAGGGCCUCGGUGGCAGCGGGCGUGUUCUUGAUCAUCAGUGGGCUCCUCUGCCUCAUCGCCGUUUCGUGGACCGCCAGCAUUAUCAUAAGAGACUUCUACAACCCUGCGCUGUUGGACUCUCAGAAGAGAGAGAUCGGGGCCUCUCUGUACAUCGGAUGGGGGGCCGGGACGCUGCUGGUCUUGGGAGGAGCGCUCCUGUGUGCCACCUGCCCCCCAAAGGAGGAUAAAAGCACCUCUGUGAAGUACCUCCUUGACAGGUCUGGAGAAAACGGCAAAGUUGGAACUUUUUUGCCAAACAAGACGUAUAUCUGACAUUUUUAAAGGGUACAGUGGAAGUCUGUCAUGAGGGUAAAAUAAGCGUUUAAUCAGUUGCUGUGAAGGAAAGUCACACGCACAGACAACAUGGAAAUAUGCACUUUUCUCACAUGUAUGUAUGUGUACGUAUACGGUGGUAGUUCAAACCAUAGAAACUCUCGGUUUUACAACUUUGGGAAAGUAGUUGGUUUCAGUUGGAACAAAAAUGAUCAUGUCACUUUGCAACUCUUUUUGAUUUUAGUAACUCUUAUUUUUCAAAAUAAAUGACUUAACGCUCUAUGUUUUGUUUGCCUCACCCUUCCUGUUUAUCUACCUCGGGGAAAAAAGGUGAAGCACCUGUGGUUGUUUUAAAGCAGAGAACCUGUUUGACGGGUACUUAUCAGAGAUCACUGGGCAGGAAACAAAGAUGUUGAGUCAUGCAUUCAUGUUAGCCGAUGCAUUUGGUAAAGCACGGCCUGCUUUCAAACGUCAUUGUUUGCUGAAUAACUUCUACUACGCGGAUUAAAGUAAUGGAUGAAUAAUCAAAUAAACAAAUGACAUGUAGAUCAAAGUCAUUCAAAUGAAUUAAAACUGUUAAUAGGGUUACCUUUUUGUCUUGACUAUCUAAAAUACCUGGUUUAAAUGGGUUUUCGAAAGAUGGCUUUAUUUUGAGGUGUUGUUGUUUUUUGUAAGUUCACAUUCAGCCUGAUGGGAGGCUAAAAUUGACAGUCACAGGAGAAUUCUUAAAAUUUUGAGAAGUGAAAUGUUGUUCACAACCUCUCAGGUGUUAAUGUUACAUUACAGUAGUUUGGCUUAGAUCUGGACGUCACACAUUUAUCCCACUCUUGUAUGGGGUCAGUGAAAUACUUUUUACCACUUUUAGCAGCCCAUUAAAUACACAAUACAAAUUUCAGACCCCGAUAAAACCCCUAUUCAAAAAAAUGAGGGAUACAGUAAAUGCACAGAAUAAACUGAUGAAGUUAUUUCUUGGACAUUACCGGCACUUCUUAAAAACAUUUCAAAUUAUUAUUUUUUCCUUUGUCUAAAAUAUUGAAUAUUCCAAAAUGCUUUUAUGUAAUAUUGUAACUUUGGUAACUAUUCUGCAAGAGAUUACCCUUCAUUUACAGGUCAUUCUUAUCUUUUA